AUGGCCAAUCGCUUGGAAACACUAAUUGAAAUUGCCUGCAAUCCGAAACGUACCAAGGCAGACCAAUCGACCAAUAUUGCAAUCUGUCAACUUAUCAAUGAAAAGGAAGGAAUCUAUCCACGUAAAGCUGCUAUGCUACUGGCAGGUUUUGCAGCAAGCUCUCAGCCCAAUAGAGCUUUGCUUGCUCUAGACUUACUGGAUACUUGUGCAAAGCAAUGUGGAUACCCCUUUCACCUACAGAUAGCCACCAAGGAAUUUCUUAACAAAAUCGUGUCCAAAUUUCCAGAACGCCCACCUCCUGGCUACUCACCUUCUUCCCAUCAGGAAAACAAUCAAUGGAACCACUUUGAUAAUUUUGUCCAGUCAGUCACAUUUUCAGUUCCUAUCAUGGAUCGUACGCUUUAUUUGAUUAAGGAGUGGAAGGUUGGAUUGGCAGAUAUGUCUCGUUUCAAACAAGACUUUAGUAUGAUAAAGGAAAUGUACCGGCUGUUGCGGUACAAAGGCUACAGAUUCCCUGAGAUCAGAGAAGAGUCAAUUAGAGCACUUGUACCCCCAGAAGAAUUACGAACAGCGGACGAACUUGAAGAAGAAGAUAGACUAGCUCGAUCAGCAAAAUUACAAGAGCUCAUUCGACGAGGAACACCACAAGAUCUUGUAGAAGCACACAAUCUUAUCCAAAUCAUGACAGGAUAUGACAAGCGGCAUCAAACAGACUACAAGCAAAAAUUUGCAGAUGAGAUCAAUGCAAUCCAGGAACAAGCCAUGUCUUUGUUUGAGAUCCUAAAUGCAGUUCAACCAAACCAAGGAUUUCAAUUGAGUACACCUGCCAAAAAUCUUGUCCAAGCAUGUACACUAGCUCAAGCUAGAGUAAGCAAGUUUAUUCAAAAUGGAGACAGAGAAGAUUCCGAUGACCUAUUGGCAUUGAACGACUUGCUAAAUAAUGUAUUGGCUAAAUACACCGACCUCAAGCAAGGACUGUACAACACUCACUAUGGUAUCCAUGGUCGAAUUAAAGAGUCUGAUAUACCCACAGAACAACAACCACCUAUCAGUCUUAUUGAUCUAGACGACGACGACGAAUGCACUACAGAAGCACCACCCGAAUAUACUUUCUCACAUGUGAAUGAUCUAGCAGAUAUCUUUGAAAAGACAAAUAUCGUUAGUCCGUCUUCCAACUCUCCCAAAUCAUUUGGAUCGCCCGUUGUUUCCGACCUUACACAAUCAACACCAGGCACAGAACCGAAACCUACUGGAACUUCUGGUGAACAGAUUGUAUUGGUGAACAAAAAUGGACUUUGUAUCGUAUUAGAGAUCACACAAGUAGGAUCCUUGUUGUCUAUCAACGCUCUCUACUCCAACCGAUCAAACGCGCCAAUGACCCGAAUGACUCUCUCACUCGCGACUCCUAAAUCUGUAGAAUUGAACAUGGGAUUUCAAUCAUCUCAAACAGUUCCACCGAAAUCAGAAAACCAAGUUUAUCAGACAAUCCAAGUCAAGAACACUACAAAGGAUUCACUGAGAUUACGAUACAAGGCUACAUAUGAACAAUCUGGUGUGGAGAUGGAACUAUCAGGAGAAUACAGUGCUUACAAUAAAUAAAAUAAUAAAUAUGUUUUUCUUAAAAGAAAAAAUAGAUAUAAAAUAAUAAAAUUAAUUAAUUAAUUAAUAAAAUAACCAAAAAAAAAUUAAAUUUUUGAACCUCUU